AUGUCACAGUGCAGAGCACCGAACGACCACCGUAAAGCAAGCUCUGACUUGGUUCGAUUCACGAACGAAGGACCCGUUGACGAGGAGCGUCUUUCCAAGUCAGUGGCAUUUAUAGUAUUCGAUAAUAUGGAGUUUUUGCUAACCGCAAAGAACCGAAACACUCUAUCAAACUUGCUGGGUAUCCCGGGUACCAAAGCCGAUGAACCAGUUCAGCAGUUGCUGGUUCGACAAGUAUACUUGCUUGCCUUAUCCAAUCCAAUUUAUGUGGAAUGGUUGCGUGUGUCCACCGCCGUCCGCUGUGAUCUUGGUUGGUUAGUACCACUUAACCCGUCAUAUUUGGAUGCAGGUAAACAACAGUCCACUCCCAACGCUCUACUACUCCAUCAACUUGUUCUGAGUCGACCCCCACUGAUUGAUGUGGUCCCGCUACAACUCCGUUUGGCCGAGCACAAAGUGGCACUUGAGCUCGAGGAACGGCGUANUGAAACAUUAAACAAUGCUAAUUUCCAGGGCGCUAAAUCGGAUCUCAAAGACUCCAAUCCGGAUCUCGGUGAAAUGUGUCAUUGGAUCGAGAGUAUUUGGACCCGAUUGUUCAUGUGUGUUAAAUGGCUUGGGUUGCAUCGAACUCAGUGGCUCAGCCUGGAUUCCGGCGAACGUCCGCCUUUGGCUAAUUGUUUACCAUUUUCCCUGACCAAUGAAACGACCAAUUCUGCGGACGAAACAGAUGGAGACAAACCACUCUGGAAUGAAAUUGCUGGCUCUUUGAUCACAACUCAGCUGGAUGAGACCACCGAGCGCCUGGCAGCCGAAAUGCUUGAUCCAGACAAAUUCUUGUCCUUCCCCGGAUUUCGUGCCGCACUCUAUGAAAAUACAGUGAUGGAUUUUGGAGAAAUGGUGAAAUGGGUCGAAUGCAAAUGGAACGAGGUUUUUGAGCCUGGUCUUCAAAAAUGCGUUCUUUCUGCUAGCUCUUUGGAGCCGGAUGCAGAAAAUCGUGGACCGAAUCACCUUUUCUUACAUCUCAAACUGUCUGACCCGGAGCACGCUCGAAAGCGAGUACAACAGGCUCUACGUCUGACCGGAUCUGACGGAGCCACAUCGCUUUUUCUGCGUCAGAUUAUUCUGCCGGAUUGUCCACUCCACGGAUUUGUUCGGUCGAACUUCAUCUCACGUCUGACUGGAGGAGAGACUGUACAGCCGCGAAUUAGCCGGGCUCGUCGCUUGACUGUCGAUCCCCCUGAGACCACUAUCGUGCUGUCCGAGUAA